AUGUCGCCCCAACGCCCCAACUUCAUCGAUCUUCGGGCCCCUUCGAGUAUGUCUAACGUAUCACGACCGCUGCGAUCCCCGAGACUUCACGUUGCAGGCGAGGCACCCCCCGAACUGUCGCCUCUCGAUGCCUUCGCCCUGCAGAGUCGCUUGUUGGCGAGGCAGCUGCAAGCUGCUGCGAACAGCGAUGGAAGACGAAUGAGCCGGCUCCCUCCCCUGACGACCGAGAGCCCCUUGGUCGUACAAGGCCGAUCUGAUUACUUCCGCUCAAUGUCUAACGACUCUGGCUCUGAGGAAGUGCCACUCCCUGAGCUUCAGAAUCCAGGAUUGGGCUUGAGAACAGAGAUGGAAGAUGCAUUCCCCUCCGAAAAGGACCGUCCAAGAUCAGUCCACCCGCGAAUGAGCCGAAUACCUCCUACUCCCGACGAGAAUAUCCCCCUGCCAUCGCAGCCGCUUCCCGAUGCGAUGCGUGGACGUCCGAUAGACGAUUUUGAAGGCCAAAAUGAGACACUGUUUGGCGCCAGAAGAGAACAGUCUCCUACGCCUAUGGAGCAGCCGGCUAGCGAUUCCCACCUUCAAGCCUCACCUCCACGAAAGGACCUUUCACUGCCUCUGCCUUCGCCAGCACGCUCCCGCGAGAACUCACUUACGGGAUCUCCUGGAAAGACCAAGGGGCACUCUUUUGAUGGCCCUGGUCUGGCUCCCCCAAGGCCCAACUUUAUAGCGCGAUCUUCAAGCUCAAUGUCUUCACCUAUCGACAAUGCGACUGACGAUAACUCGAUGAGCAACUCUAUUCAGUCUUUACCCCCACGCAAGCUCUCAAGCAGCAGUGCAUUUGCUGUGCCAGCUGCGUCCCCUGGCCUCGGACCUGGGCCCUUCCAGCGGUCUCCAUCGGUCAGCUCUGAGGCUUCUAUGCCUCUGCCACGACCAUCCUUCAACUUCUCAAGACCAAUGAGCCGUGCAGGUACCCCUGGUCUGGAAACGCCCACGCGCCAAGCUUCAUCAGAUAGCCAGCCUUCCUUCAUCUUUGCGAACGACGACUCCGCCAAUACUCCUGUUAGCAUGAACAGCGAAGGGUUUCCGGACCAUAUGCAGGACGAUGGAAGGGCUGCACCUUCGUACAUUUACUCCAAGUAUUCGCUUCCUAGAGGCAAGACCAUACAGAGAUCAGUUCCUCUGGAUCCUCAUCCGCAAGCAUCAUUCCAGUGGGAACAGCCCAUGACGCAACCGAGCAAUGUUCAACCCAUCCACCGUGGAGCGCCUCCUUCACCCCCAACCCGGCCCUCUAGCUCAGCUGAACCCGGCGCUCCUGACGACAUCACCUUGACUAAGCCGGAUCAAAACCGUGGCGGUCCGGCACCACAACCAUCUCCUAACCCCAGUCGCCCUUCCACAGAAAGCCAAGCCUCGGAGGAUGAUCAGAGAGGCCGCGCCCUCACCUCUCCCGCCCAUGAUGCUGUCCGGGGCCAGACUGCCAUGUCCACGGCUACUACUGACUCGAACAGUACUCUCAAGGCAGCUAGAUCUCAGGCUUCGGGUGCCCCUACCACUGCGGAUAUGACCCCCGAGGAGCACUUGGCUAAGGGAAUCGAGUGCCAUGAAAACGGCUCAGUCAAGGAGUCCACUUAUCAUCUUCGUCACGCUGCCAGGGGCGGCAACCCAACAGGCAUGCUCCUGUACGCUUUGGCCUGCAGACAUGGCUGGGGCAUGCGACCCAACCAGCGUGAGGGUGUUGAAUGGCUGAGAAAGGCUGCCGAAUGUGCUAGCCUUGAAAUUGCGGAUGACGAAGACCACGUCAAGGAGGGCAAGUUUGUUGACGCUAUGGAGCGGAGGACGCGUAAGGCACAGUUCGCUUUGAGCAUCUAUGAGCUUGGUGUGAGUCACAUGAACGGAUGGGGCAUUGAGCAAGACAAAGGCCUCGCCCUGCGUUGCUUUGAAAUCGCUGGAUCUUGGGGUGAUGUCGAUGCGAUGGCCGAAGCAGGCUUCUGCUAUGCCCAAGGCAUUGGAUGCAAGAAGAACUUGAAAAAGGCUGCGGGCUUCUAUAGACAAGCAGAAGCCAAAGGGAUGAACAUGGUCGGCAACAGCUGGAUCCACAAAGCAAAGUACAAUGACGAUGACAACAAUGGCAAAAAGGCUCGCAGCAAGUCUAGAACACGCACCAGGUUCGGCAUCAAGACCGGCUAG